UGUUCUAUGACAUAUCAGUCAGUUAACAUGACCUUUAGGAAUUAUGUUGCCGUUAUGUGCUCAAAAUUCACAAAAAGUGACUUUAGCUGCUGAAGAUUAUCUUAUAGAACAAAACGUAUAAGAUCUCCUAAGCCCGUGUUUACCACAGACCUUCUUUUUGGCAUUUAUCCAAAAAUCCUACAAAAACUUCAUUCAUUUUCCCAUAGGUAGAGUCAGUGCCUACAAAAGAUGCCAAUACUAUUGCUCUCUAUUGAUUGGACAGUUGAAAUGCUACUUGCUGAAACAAAUUUUUAUAGUGCUUUCAGUAGCUUUCCUGAAGUAUUUGUUGAGAAAUCUGAUGGAAAUCAGACUUAUGAAAGUUAAGUGUUGGUAAACAUUGAGAACCUUAUGUGUUAAUUACAUGGCAAACACCUGAUGAACAGCAUAUUUUAAUCGGCUAAUAGAUACAUGAAGGCAUCCAUUGACGCUUUAAGUUUCACAAAUGAUUGAGAAAUCAAUCCUUUCUUGGGCAUUUAAAUAUGCAGGCUAUUGAAUGAUCUUUUUCUAUGCCUUCUUAUUUUGACUAGAGUGUACAGUUAUCGCAGUGGAUCACCAGCUGUGUUUACCACAAGACCUCGCAUUUGGUUUUGUUUUGGGGGUGGGGGGGGUUAUUGGCAUUGUUCACUGGGGGAGCAAAGAAAGGAUGGUGAAUUAGUCAUGCGUUUCUGAUCUGGUUGGUGUGAAGUCUGUUGUUCUCCAGUGAGCUGUAUGUGAUGGGGACAGGGACCAGAGUCCACCUGAGCCCAGCCACCCCCUCCCUUCCUGACUUCCCAUUGUCCUCUCACUGUCACAUUACACAGAAGGCACACACUCUGCAACCUGACGGAACACUGCUAAUCAGCAGGUGGCUCUGUGGUUAUAGAUGAUGUCUUCCUCCUGGUGUCUGCCUCUGGUUCUCCUGUUCUCCACUCUGGCUGUUUCACACAGCGCUGAACCUGGCUCCACACAUGCCAAGAGGAGACUGGCACAGCCCUCGCCAGGCAGUGGCAAUGCCCUCCAGUACCCUGAUCAGGGCUUCCAGAGUCACGGGCAUGGGCACGGUAGGGAGCGUGGAGGGGGGCAUGGUGGCCAGGGGUCCCGCGGUGCCAAAGCCAGUUCUGGGGCUGGGCUUCUCUCCCGCAGGCCCCUGCACCCUGCAGCUCGGCCUGAGGAUGAUGGGACGGGUCUGGAGGGCCUGAACCCGGUGAGACUGGAGAUGGGUCCUGUGGGCAGGGAGCAGGAGAAGGGUCGUGGGGGCUUCAGGAACCCGUCUCAUGCCCGAGACAACCACCCUCUGGGGCCACGCAAGGGGAGGGGCCAGGGGCAUGGGCACCACUUUGACCAGAGGAGACAUGGAGGUCGAAGAGAUAAGGGUCGGCUCACUAAAGGUUUUCUCCCUGAGCCUGAGCUGGGCUCUGUUCUGAAGAACAGGGAUCUGUCUGAGGAGGGAUCUGUCUCCUCUGCCGCUGCAGCCGCCUCCCCCUUUCACAGAUUGACCCCGCCCACUGAACCCCCCUCCCCCAUCUACGCGGUCUUUGGCUCCGGCUCCUAUGCGGUUUCCACGGUGAUGAGCGAGCAUCUCCCAACGCUGCCCCCAGCCUCCACCAAACCCCAGAAGUCUGGUCGGGGGAAGAUGCAAGGAGAGGUGAUGCCCACUCUGGACAUGACUCUGUUUGACUGGACAGACUACGAGGACAUGAAGCCAGUGGACGCCUGGCCAUCCUCCAGGAAGAAAGACAAGCGGCGCAGUAAGAACCUGAGCAGUGGCAAUGUGACUCUGGACACUGAUGCCAUCGAGCCAUGUGACCACCAUCUGGACUGUCUCCCAGGCUCCUGCUGUGACCUGAGACAACACGAGUGUAAGCCUCACAACCGGGGCCUUAACAACAAGUGCUAUGACGACUGUAUGUGCGAGGAAGGGUUCCGUUGCUAUGCCAAGUUCCACCGGAAGCGUCGCGUGACCAGGCGAAGGGGCCGCUGCGUGUUGCCAGAGUCAGCCAACAGUGACCAGGGUGCCUUCAUCACAGUGUGAGGGGCGACAGACACACCAGAGGCCCCCACACACACACAACACAUUGAACAUGACCACUCCCUCUGACAAAACAGACAGAACACAGGCUAUACAUCACCUGACAGUGAUAGUUCAUUCAGCAUUUUCAUACUACCAACUCAUAUCGUCUCCGCCACUUCAAUGCCACAAAAUCAUGUACAUGUACGUUAGGUCCAAAACAACAACUGUGCAGUGUCUGAUUAUCUGUGUCCUGUACAUAUGAAUGUCUUUUCUGAGAAUUGAUUGCCAAUUGCUUUUCUACUGAUAAUGUUACACUACUCUUUAAAAGGUAAUUAGUAUGAUAAGCAAAAAUGUUUGUUUGAGUUUCCUUUUAUAUGUUUAACUAUAUGUUUUAUUUAUACAAUACUUCAAACAGAACUCUCUGUCUAUAUUGUGUUUUUUUUUCAACUUAAUUGUAUGUGAUUAAAUUCUUGUACAAUGAU